ACAAUGGACUCUUUCAGCACAAAGAGCUUGGCCCUGCAGGCUCAAAAGAAGCUGAUGAGCAAAAUGGCCAGCAAGAGCAUGGCCAACCUUUUCAUCGACGACACCAGCAGUGACGUGUUGGACGAGCUCUACCGAGUCACUAAGGAGUACACCCGCAACCGCAAAGAGUCCCAAAAGAUAAUCAAGAACCUCAUCAAGAUGGUGGUCAAGUUGGGGGUGCUCUAUAGGAACAACCAAUUCAAUGGCGAGGAGUUGAUUCUUGUGGAGAGCUUCAGGAAGAAAGUCCACACUCUGGCCAUGACAGCGGUCAGUUUCCACCAAAUCGACUUCACCUUUGACCGCCGCGUCAUGAGCGCCUUGUUGAACGACUGCCGCGAACUGCUGCACCAGGCAAUCAAACGUCACCUGACGGCCAAGAGCCACUCGCGUGUCAACCACGUUUUCAAUCACUUUGCCGACUGCGACUUCCUGGCCGCUCUCUACGGGCCGUCCGAAGUUUAUCGUGCUCACUUGCAGAGGAUCUGCAACGGCCUCAACAAGAUGCUCGACGAGGGAAACCUUUGA